AUGACCGGUCCUCAACCGCAAUGGAUCAUUCAAUCUCUCCGAAGGCAGUGCGAUGCAGACGAUGUCGAAUGCAUAUUUGAAUUUUCCAUCAAUACACAAGUUGAUGCCCCUCUCGAUUGCACAUUCAACUUGGUGCAUUUGUUAAACCUGACCAAGCAUAUGCGCCUGUCAGGAUUGGUGGAUGGGACGUAUGCCCUGUAUAGUGCGGAAUAG